AUUUGUCCAUUAAUCCUAAUUCCAAAAACAUGUACGACGAGCACUGGUAUAGCUUUACCUCCGAGGUGCAGCAGAGCAGACCAUCCGGCGCAAAGACGCGCCACCGUCGAGCCAACUCUCUGCUGCAGCAGCCAGAGGAGACCACCGACAACAACAUCCCCGAAGAGCCACUCCCAGCGCUUUUCGAAGACCAGGAAGACGUCAAUGCGCCCCCCGAGGCUACCGUUCUUCGACGGGCGAAAUCCUAUUCCGACUUCUACGACAUUGCGACUGCGCAUCUCGCUGGCGGCCAUGGAGGACCCAGGACGAAGAAGAACAAGAAGAAGACCAAUGGGCGGCGAAACAACCACAACCUCUGGGAUGCCUUGAUGGUUCCCGCGAGCGUGGCAUCGACGCUACCUGUGGAAGAAGACCCCUACGACGAUGCUCUGGACCAGGAGCUGCUACAGGCUAGCCAGCAAGAAUAUCUCCUGUACCAUGACCAACUCGCCUUGACGGAACGGCAUCUGGGAACCCUGAUCGACGACGCCAACAGCGCGCUCAAAACCCUCGAGACUUUGUGCCAGUCUUUCCGAGCCGUUGAGGAGCAGACGACAUCCUUCAAGGCACAGUGCGACGACUUGCUGGAGGAGCAGAAGCGUCUUCAAACUCUCGCCGACGAGGUCGGGACUGAUCUGCAUUACUACGCCUAUCUCGACAGUGUCAGCCGGCGCCUCAAUGCCCUGGGUGCGGGCCGCCUUGUGGACGACGACGCGUUUGGCGAUAUCCUGGCCAACCUGGACUCUUGUAUCGAGUUCAUGAUCCAGCAUCCUCAAUAUCGGGACGCCGAUACAUACCAGGCUAGAUAUCAGGCGCUUCUAACCAAGGCCCUACACCUUCUCGAGGUCGGCUUUACGAACCGCCUGGAUCAGGUGUCUGGGGAACUUGCUCGUCAAAUCACCAACACCCAGUCAGAAUCCGCACGACAUGCCUUGGCUUAUGGUCGGUUUGAGGAGAUCCUAAUGAACUCCUAUUCGCUCAUACCCAACAUCCAGCGAGUGAUACUGGGAGCAUAUGACCAAAAUGGCCAGCCCAGGACUGGGCCAAACGCGGAUAUCUUUGCCAACACAGCCAACAAUCUCUUCCACGCCUAUUUCGCGGUGAGAGACCGCGACCUCAAGCCUCUGACCCAGCAUGAUCUUGCGACAUUCCAUCUCGAGUGCAAAGAAUCAUCAAUAGACACGGCGGCAAGGAACUACGUGAAGCAGUGCUUUGAACGGUCCUUCAGCGAGGCCACGCUUUUCCGUAAAAUCUUCUCUAUAGAAGCACCAUACUCACCCAACCCCAAGUCGGCGUUCGCUGCCCUCAACUCGCAUCAGCGGUCACUCGUCACAGGGACAAAUAUUUCGCCCAUUGCCACCAACCUCCAGUCAAAGCUACAGGCAUGUGAUUUGCAAACCAUCUGCAACCUUGUUGGAUGGGUUACGAACGAAUAUUUGCUCGUGGACUAUGAUGAGGACGAAACCCCUUUUGUUGCGCACUGCAGGGAACUUACCUCAAGGCUGUUGGCCGAGCAUCUCUGGACAUUUACCGAUGGCUUCUUCGACGCAGAAAUCACCAAAUCCAUUACCAAAGCCGUCGUUCCCCCAGAGGCUCUGAAGCUUGGAGCAACCACUGCCGCCGAUGGCGGAUCAUCAACGGCUUUCCCGGUGGUUAAGCGAGCAAUCGAGCUGCUUGUCUUGUUCGACCAAUCCAUGCCAAAGGAGCGAUGUCAACGUAGCAGCCGAGUAAUCUUCAGACUCGUCCGCGAGACCAUCGCCGCCCUUCAGCGCGCUGAAGUGCGCAUCAAAGCCGCCAAAAACGGUACAGAUCCGGACCUCUUCAUGAUCAAGAACCUCCUCAUCCUUAAGAACGAGCUCCUCACCCUUGAGAUCGGAGACGUGCGCAACGGCACCGGCACCGGCCAAGCCACAGGUCUAGGCAGCAGCAUCCAGCACCUCGGCCAGAUCUGGGAGAACCUCCCGACCGCCGGUAACCUCUUCGGACUGGUCUCCAGCUCCGUGUCCACUUUUAGUUCUUACAUUCCCGGCUCGUCCCUCCUUUCGCGCGCAGCUGGUAGCAUUACGGGUUCGAGUUCAGGCCUGACGACAACGACUACAGCGGGUGCGGCGGAGUCACAGGACGCGGGAGAGCAGUUGGAUGAGUUGUUGCGCCAGAGCAUUUAUGCGUUUACCAGAAGGUGGGCGGCCAUCUUUAAUGAAGUGAAGGUGAAGGCGUCGGUGGGCGGGAAGAACUCGACUCAGUUGGAGAAGGAGCUGGAUGAGAUUCUGGAGGGGGCGUUUGCUGCGCAGCCGGAGGUGGUGGAGAAGUUGAAGGAGGCGAUCCAGCUUGAUGCUCAGGCGCAGUUGACUGGUGGUGCCAAGUCCGGCACUGGUAAGGACAAGGGAAGUGUCUAUACGGGUGGCAGUAGGGCUAGUAAGGGGAGCAGUCGGAGGAUGUAAUGCAUGAAGCAGCGCAGUUCUCUAGGUGGCAUAUUUCUUGAUCGACCCUGUUGGACUUGGUUUGUAGGCUCUGAGCAAAGCUGGAAAACAUUAAUAUCGAGUUUGAUAAGUCAAACACAUUUUGAUUACUUACCACCAUUGCCUUCGUCCCUAUACUGAAGAAACCAAACAACUCUCGCUGUUAAAUGCGGUCCGUAUGCUUUUUGAAACCCAAAUAUCCCCCCAGAAGUUCUGUAAUUGCAACAUGCUGCUCGUUGAAGAGCCCAUUUCCCAUCUGUCCGUAUAUCCUUAUGAUCCAUGGAAUCCCGUUUUCCUUUCCUUGCUCAUGACCAACUCACAGUCCCCAUCCACAACGCUCAAGUGGAGUGAGCCUAUUCCCUUUUUCUUCUGCUCUCUGAUAUACCUAACCCCCCUUCCCCAGUCAACCGAAUCCUUCUAAUUAAUAGCCCUCAUGGUCAUCUCCACCACCGCAAACGUUCCCGCACUAACCGGCAUGGCCCUCAACAACGUCGGCCCAAUACCCUUCCAGAAUCCUCUCAUGCCCUCAGCCCUGAACGUCUGCGCAAAGCAAUCCCUCAUGCUCUUAUACUUUUGCCCUGCCCCAAACCCAUCCGUCUGCAUCUUACUCUUGACCACAUCCAACGGGUAACUGCCCAACCAAAGCGCCUCACCCGCCAGUCCACCGUACAAAGCAAUCUUGUAGCUAGGGAUCUCCUUGCGGUCAAUCUUGUUUCUGGCCGCAUCCGCAUUCAUCAACCACUCAAACGCCAAAAACCACAGGCCGUAGUACUCGCCGUACCCGAGGUUGGAGACGCCCGGGAUGAAGGACUUGUCGGUAGAGGCGCGGCGUUGCUCGAGGAAGCGGCGGGCCGAGUGGAAGGCGCCGAAUUGGAUGGAGACGCAGGCGCCGAUGCCCAAGAGCGGGGUCAGGGUGCCUUUGUAGAAGGCGAGCGCGCCUUCGUGCUUGUAGAUGGAGGCGGCGGCGGUGAGGGCGGAGGAGUAUUGGGUGG